AUCGUCAUCUCAAGUUCGCCGUCGCGUCUGCCUAGCUCCCCUCGAUCAUAUAAGUGCUGCUCUCAUACUUCACUCAUCAAAAUAUCUCGUAAAAUGGGUAGUUGGGAUUAUUACUGCGCCUGUUGUGGAGGCGGUUUCACACUACGGCAUCACCUUCCACCCCCCGAAGAAUGGGCGCGCAUUCGAAAACUGCUCGAGAAGGGAGGUAAGCAUGAGGUACCAGAUGAUUUAGAUGAAGGAUGGCUGGAUUCCAUCAUUUGUUCGCAUGAGAGUACGGACUGGAUGAAGCAUUUGAGGCUGCUGGGGCAUAACCCGCACGAGAAGGUGGGCAGAGGGGUCUUCCUCACUGGCCUCGGUAGUGCAGAGGAUUAUGGCGGAGCUGAAGUGGAGUUCGGUGAUCAUCCGAAUGUCUUGACAGCGGACGGGCCGGACGUUCAGAACUAUUACUCGGCUUGGAAUUGGAAGUUGCAGCUUUCGGUAUACACAAACGUGAUCUCAACCGGUGACGAAUUGAUCGACUUUCCAUUGCCUUUCCACGACCGAUGUCUCCAGAUGAUCCGGCGCGUCGUUUCCGGGGAGCCUGAUGGAGAGAUCGGUAUUGCUACUCUGUAUGAUGCAUUGGGCACCAAACGAGGUGGCCUCGACACCGAAAGAGACCCUAGGGAGUACAACAACUCGAGUCUGUUCCUAGACUAUUAUCAAUUCGCGGGGGCUGUGCGAGAGCAGUUCUGGGGCACGAGUAGAGGGUAUGAGCCCUGGUACAUUGACCCAAUCGACAUUCCCGCAAUUCCAAAGUUUUUGAACAACAUGCCUCGCGCCGCACCUCCACGAAAGGAGAAAGCUAGCGACCCAACCAAAGACCCCUUCGCUCAAAUCCCACUGGAACUCCUCGUCGAAAUCAUUAUGCAACUCCCUCAAGAAUCCCUGCUGCCCUUCUUCCUCUCAUCACGCGCGGCCCGACUCGCAAGCCAGUCACAGUGGGUCUGGAAGAAGCGUAUCCUUGUCGAUAUGCCAUGGAUAUGGGAGCUUGACGAGAAAAAAGACUACCCGGAGGAGGUGGACUGGCAUGUUGUGUAUGGGAAAUUGGAUUACUUGAGCUUUCCUAAGGAAUGGAGUGGUCUUGAAGUUGGCAGCGGGCAUGUUACUCUUCCCUUUGCAUUCGUGUAACUUCUUGUGGUAACUGACUUUUGAUAGGGGCAUCACGCCUGAGCGGAAACUCGACUUGGACCUUUCUGGGCUAGCAAGCAGGGCUAGGAUCUGGAGGUGCUGCGAACAAGUCCGGGAGCUGUAUGAAGAGCAG